AUGGCCAGACUCAGCGAAUCGCCGGCCAACGGCGCGAGCGGAGGAGGCUCCCAGCCCGCGAACAAGCACCAAAUCACACUCAAGAACGGCGCCCUCGGCGGCUUCCUCUCGUCGCCCGCCAAGCCCUCCGGAUCGCAGUCGCCACAUGCCAACAAACGCCUCAAGAGCCUGACCAGCCCCCGAUCAGACGCAUCGCGCUCGCUGUCCCCCGUCCCGCGCCUGCCGGGACAAGCAGCUCUCAGCUCUCCCGUGCGCAAGGCGUUUGGCGAGGUUGCCGCUGCUGGUGGUGCUGGCGCGGACGAGAUGGACACGAGCGAGGAUCGCGGCACGCCUGCCGACGUUGUGAUUUCCGCUCCUGCUGCCGAGACGCCCGUGGAAUCUACGCCGACGCCUACUGCGCCCACGGCGGACAUGGCGACCUCGGAUGCGGAGAAGAGUGCGGCGGCUACGCCCGAGCCGGUUGUUCCGCGCCCGGUCGGCGGCGUGGUUUCGUCUGUGUCGAAGAAGCUUACCAACGUGUUUAACAACUUCACUGGUGCGCGCAACGGAACAGCUAGCGUCACGACGACUUUUGAGCAGACGAUCGUGAGCCGGAAGCGCAGCAGAGAGCCGGAAGCUGAGGAGACGCCUGCUCCUCUUGAGGAAACGCCUGCGCCCAUAGAGAAGGAGACUCCCAAAGAGAAAGAGCCCGCCGAGAAAGAGAUUGCGAAGGAGGCUGAGCCUGUCGAGAAGGAUACAGCUGAGAAGACCGAGGUCGCCGAGAAGCAGGCUACGGAGGAGCCUGAGCCUGCUGACGUCACCAUGGGCGCAAACGACACCAACAUCGAGCUCGGCAACCAGCUUGAGGAGGACAUUGCUGCGGAGCGUGCGAAGAGCCCUGUUAAGGAGUCAUUGCCUCCUGCUCCCAGACCUACCUCCGCUGCCGGCGAGAUCAGCGUCACCACUGAUGCCGACAACGCCGACACGAUCCAAGCCGCUGAGACGACCAAGCCAGCGCCCAAGGCUGCCCCCAAGGCCUCACCGAAGGCCGCGGCGAAGGCCACACCAAAAGUCACGCUCAAGUCCGCACCAAAGAUCACACUAAAGGCCAAGGCCGCGCCCAAGACCGCCCCCAAGCCUGCGCCUGAACCCGCGGCCGAAGACGAGGACGAGACAAUGGUCGACGACCCUGAGAAGGGCCUGUUCGUGCUCGACACCAUCAUUGGCCACCGCAAGGAUCCCAAGGACAAGACCCUUUUCCAGAUGCACGUCCGCUGGAAGCACGACGAGCCAAGCUGGGAGCCCGAGAGCAACAUCCAGGAGGAUGCCGAGGAGGCGCUCUUCGAAUACUGGGACAGCGUCAAGGGCGGCCGUUUGGGAGCCAUGGCCGACAAGGAUCUGUGGCACGUCCUCCGUGUCGAGAAGCACAAGCAGAAGCCCACCGGAAAGGUCGAGCUGUACGUUGCUUGGACCGGAUCUCCCGAUCGAUCGUGGGAGCCCGAGGAAAACGUCACGCAAUUCGCUCGUGAACUUGUGGAAGACUACUGGGCCUCCAAGGGCGGCCGCGACAAGGUGAUCAAGCCCAUCGCCGCGCCUGCGAAGAGAGGCCGUGGCCGUCCUCGUAAGGAGUCGGUGGUCGAGGAUGCUCCCAAGGCGGCCCCCAAGGCAGCUCCGAAGGCGAAGGCCAAGGAAGUCAAGGAAGCCGAGGAACCUGCGCCGAAGAAGCCCCGCGCCGGACGAAAGAAGGUUCCGGAGGAAGCAGAGGCGCCAGUUGAGGCCACAAAGAGCGCCGAGCCGGAGAAGGCUUCUGAGCAGACGGAAACCGAUGGAGAGCCGCCAAAGAAGCGCGGUCGUGGUCGUCCCAAGAAGACGCCCGUUUCAUGA